GUUCGCAAAGGCACGGGCUUCGUGAGUGCGGCCGACCUGCCCUCGGACGAGGAGGAGGAGCCUGACUCCCAAAGGCGCGUGGCCUUCGAUCCUUCAUCGCAGGCUGGCAGUGAUGCUGGGCCAGCAGUGCGGCGCGGCACCGGUUUCGUCGGCAUGGCAGAGUUGCCUUCGGAUGACGAGGAGGACGACGAGCCUGCAGCACAUCGCGUGGCCUUUGACCCCGGCACACAGGAAGGCAGCGGCGGGCUUGUGGCUCGCGUGAAAACCGGGGCUGUCACGACCCGCAUGGAGGGGCCCGACUCACCGCAGGGCCACGGACGUCUCCAGGUCAGGCAGAAGACCAGUCGCUUGGCAUCGGGUGACCUGGCGCAGCUCUGCUCCUCCGACGAAGAGGUGGAUGCGGCCGGUGAGCCCUCGCCAGCCUCAGGCAGUCGCGAGGCUCCGCAAGUGGCUGAGAGCCAGCUGGCAAAGGUGUCUUUCGACCCAGCAGAGGAUGAGAAGCCAGAAAUCCCAAAGACCGGCACGAAGGUCACCAGUCGCAAGGGCACCGGCUUCUUGCGCAAAGAGGAUCUACAGGACCUGCCUUCCGAUGAGGAGGAGGAAGCUGACGAGGCUCAGCAGAUGGCUCACGGAGACAAAGCAGUAAGCUUCGAGGCAGGAAGUCAGAUUCAGGAGUCCGAAGAUCAACCGCGUCGUGUCGUGGCGCGAAAGGGAACUGGGUUUUUGCAUGCCGGAGAUGUGGAGAACUUGGUGGAUGAGGAAGAGGAGGAGGAAGAGGAGGAGGAGGACGGACGGAGAAAGGUUGGCUUCGAAAAGCCGGCAGAGCAGGCUCAAAGAGAACGAGAGGGAAAGCCUGUGGCUCGCAAGGGCACCGGCUUCGUCAAUGUGGGCGAUCUUCCGUCGGAUGACGAG